CCCCCAGCUCUCUUCUCUCCCUCUUUCAUCGUCAUCUCCUCUCCACCACGCCGCUCCUCUCUACCCCACUCUCCCCCGCUCCCCCCGCUCCAGUUCAGUAGUUAAAUCUGUUUAUGUCUCAAUUCAAUCCAGUUAAUUUCAGUAUUUAUGUGUUCGUAAGAGUUUAUCCGAAGAUGAUUAUACCAAUUAGUGAUAGCAUGUGAUAAGUUAAAUUGCAGCACGAUCCUGUGUGCUUAAAUAUCAAUUUAAAGCAAGAUCCAAGUUAUCUAGAUUGGGUCUGAUAGCAAGAUUGAGCCUCGCACUCCUUUCUUCCCCAUUUUCCCCGUGCAUCCAAAACCCUGUUCCGUCAAAAACCCGACCCAGUGUUUAGAAUGGAAAGUAGUAGCAGCAAAGCAUCAGUUCAGCAACUCACGCCUGAGGAAGCUGCACAGCUACAACAAGGCAUUGGGUUGGUGCUGUGUAGAUGGACCGCCUUGCAAAUGGCUAUCGAAAACGAGUGGGGUGGUCGAGGCACUCGUGAAAAAUCUAAUCAGCUCAAUCUUGACAUUUUUAACGCUUUCACACAAUCCAAAGAAAAAGUAUAUAUGGAUGAUAUAGAGGAUAUUCUAGAUGAGUUCAUGAUAUCUCUAAAUACUGAAGUCAGUGAUGGCAGCCUUGAGGAGGUAGCAGAAAAAUUGAUGUAUAUGCAUGAAGAGUGUCUGGAAGGGAACUUCAAUUCAAUCAAAGUGCUAAGAGAAACAAAUGUUGGGAGGAGACCUGCUACUUAUGUCAGACAAGAUGCUAGUGACGACGACGAUAGUAGUAAUGAUGGCGGUGACAGAAAUGAGAACUUGGGCAACAAUGCAUCAGAUAUGGCAAUUGAUUCUAUGGAAACACAGUCAAGUUUGGGCCAGGAUAUGAUAGUUGAACCUGUGAUAAAGCAGCAAACUGAAGUGGACGAGGAUGGUUGGACAACGGUACCUACGAGGCGUAAUAAAGGUAGAAGGAACUAAAGCACUACUACAGACCCAUGGGGUAAAAAGGAGUUAAACCCAACUGCAGUUGUAUACAUUUUUGGUCUAUAAUCUUAAAAAUGAAGGAAGCUUGCAAUAUUAGUGACAUAUUAUUGUAGUAGUCGUAAUCAUGGUGAUUGUAAUUUGGUUUUCUCGUUCAUCGAUGAAUUAUCUCGGAAGACAUGAUUAUCUGCUAGUGUAACCAUGAAUUUUGUAGUUGAGUGUUACAGGGGCUUCAUCUAUGUUGCUUAAUGCUAUUGGUAUUCCAAUUGUUUCCCUGGCCAGUGUUGAUGAACCUGCUACUUCAUCUUAAUUUUAUUUGGACUAUCGAAUCUCU